GCUUUUGCCAUGAAUCUACAUAGCAGCCAUUGAAGUCAACAAUCAGGCAUCAGCAAGCCAUGGCACAAUCAUACAGAUCACUCGUGUCCUCUUGGAAGCCAAACCACAAGGCAUCAUCAUGGCAGACCGCUUUGACAAACUGCAAGUGGAGUUCAUCGACCAAGAUGAGAGUGUGCAGGAUGUUGCAGACGCCAUCGGAAGCUCCGGCGAUGUUCCUGAAAGGUAUGUCAGGCCUGAGAUGGAGGCCGACCCUGUCAUCGUCGACGCCGAUGGUUACAGUCUGCCAGUGAUAGAUAUGUCAAGAUUGAUCGAUCCUGAGUUCUCUGAGGAAGAGAUUGCCAAGCUCGGAUCUGCCUGUGAGGAUUGGGGAUUCUUCCAAUUGCAGCUUGUGAACCAUGGGGUGGAUGGAGAAUCACUGAAACAGGUCAAGGCUGACGUCGCAGAGUUCUUCAGCCUGCCUCUGCAGGAGAAGAUGGCCGUGGCGAUCCAACCCAAUGGGCUGCAGGGGUUUGGCCACCACUUCGUCUUCUCCAAGGAUCAGAAGCUGGACUGGGUGGAUUUGCUGUUCCUCACCACACGGCCAGCUGAGGAGAGGAGCAUGGAUUUCUGGCCAACGAAUCCUCCCACAUUCAGGGAUUCGCUCGACAAGUACUCGCAGGAGAUCGCGGAUGUGUCAGAUAAGCUGUUCAAGUUCAUGGCCAUCGACCUCGGCGUCGACGAGGAGGCGCUCCUCGGAGCGUUCAAGGGGAAGCCUCAUCAGAGCGUGCGGAUCAACCACUACCCUCCCUGCCGCCAGGCCGCCGACAGGGUGCUGGGCCUCUCGCCGCACACGGACGGCGUCGGCAUGACGCUGCUGCUCCAGGUGAACGGCGUGCAGGGGCUGCAGAUCAGGAAGGACGGCAGGUGGUUCGCCGUGCAGAACCUCCCUGGAGCACUCAUCGUCAACGUCGGCGACGUUCUUGAGAUCAUCACCAAUGGCAAGUACAGAAGUAUUGAACACAGAGCGGUAAUAAACCCGGACAAGGAAAGGAUCACCAUUGCUGCAUUCCAAAGCGCCCCACUUUCCUGCACAGUUGGCCCACUCCAGGAGCUUCUGAUGAACGGCGAGCCGCGCUACAAGACGGUUGACGGCGUUGAGUUCACCAAAGGCUACUUUGCUGCGAAGCUGGAAGGCAGGAGAUACCUGGAGAGUUUGAAGCUGGGAGUGUGACUGUGCCCAGGAUGAUAUAUAUUUUUUUUUCUGCCGCUCUUGAUCCUUUUUGUUUCGGUGAAUGGAUUGAUAAUGACACUGUGACUUUCUCAUGGUAGAGCUCAGCUGGUAUUUGCCUUGACCAUACACUCAAGUGUAUAUUUCACUGUUUGUAUAUGACAUUUACUAGAAACUGUGUAUUUCAUAUGCACACUAAAUACUUUGCAAGUUAAGCA